AUGACAAUAUAAAGUGCUUCGCUCUUUAUAUUGUCAUCUUCCAUAGCGGCGCGCUCUCCCGCUCUGCACACUCGCUGUGCUCUGCCAGUGCAAAACACCAUGAGCCAGGCCGUGAAGAGGAUAUCUCCAAUCGCUGGAGUAGCAGCUGGUGGAUUGGUCGCGGGUGCUGCAGGCUUAUGGGCCUGGCGUAGCAUGAGGGACAACGAAGACAUAGAUGAUGCAACCACAGCACCAGCACCAGCGCCAAGCCCGCCGUUGCAGCGCACCGGGCCUAUGGUGGCCGUCUACCUAGACGAUUCCUCCAUUGAAAAGUUGCAGAUGAAGUACCCAGGCACCAAUCCGGGCCGGCUGAGGAAGGUGGUGAUCGAGUACGACCCGUCCGACGAGCAGCGCGGCUUGUACGAACCUCGCUUCGGUGACUCGGCGACAGUCAAGUUAACUGGCGAGGCUUCUAGCGAAAAUCGCGUUGCUCUCGUGGCUUCGGUGUCGAGCGCCGGGACCUCUGUGGAGCCGCCGUCCCUCUCAUGCGCCGUGGAUGUAACUCCCGGGGAAGUGGGUGGAGGUCCCCUGGGCAGCACCGUCCUCAUCGAGCAGAUCAAGCGAGUUGGGGCAGUAGCCGAGGAUUCGUGGAAAGGGUUACUCCCCGCUCUUUCGGCCCACGAGAGGGACUUCCUUAGCGAAGAGGGCAGCUACAACAAACUCGACGAACCCCUCACUCUCACGGGUUCCAUCUGCCGGGCGGAUUGGGUCGAAGGCAUGACCGGUGUUUGCCGAACCACGACUGCAGGAGGGGGGAAGCGCGAGGACGGGUGGACCCCGCAACCCUGCACCAUCUGCAACUCGCUGGAGUCCAGUCCGUGCCGGGAUAUUUACAAAGAGUUUGAUGCCUUAAAUACCAGAAUUAACGAGCUGCAACCGCCUUCCGAGACCUCCUCCGAUGGCAGCAAAUCUCCAGGAACUUCUCCUGGAAGUUCUUCCGCCAAGGACGAUGGGCGAGGCCUUGCAGAGGCACCGGGAGGCGGGGAUGGGUUCGAAGAGAAGACGGGGGCAACCGAGAUUGGGGCUGGAAGCGAUCGAGAAGUGGGACGGUCUGGCGCAGACGUAGCGUUUGAAGGCAGUGCCGGUACGGCUGUAGGGGGCGGCGAUGAAAAUGCGCUUUCCGGUAGACAAGGGGGACACAGCCGAAAGGGCGAGGGUGGCGAGAAGGAGAGCGAGGAGGGGGCAAGUGGAGAGCCCGAGACCGAAGAGGAGAGGCUUCGAAGGGAAGAGUUGGAAGUGCUGGAGGAAAAGAGGACGGAUGUGAUGGUGAAGAUGCUCAAGUGUUCCCAGUUCCACCACGUUUUGGAGGAUUCCAACGCGGACGAUGGCUUGGUGCCGGAUAUGUCGGGGGAUGAUGAGGAGGGUGGCGAAGGCGAUGCGGCGCCUGGUGGUGCGAGCGCUUCCCAAAGUGGUGGGGCUGUGAAGGUCGACGAAGGAGAGGCGAAAUAAGAGAUGGGGCAAGCUGGAUAGGGUGUGGUCGCUAUAAUAGUAGUUGAGCACCCAAUAGUCAUACAAGAAAGGCCCCAGAAAUAGGAGGACGGUAUAUCCACGGGCAGAACUCCUUGUAGCCGUUACGGUAGUAAUAAUAUUCGUGCAUGGGGCUAGCUGUGGGGAUUUGCACGGCUACGGCCGCCCCGAAAGUUUUGUUUGAAGUAGACAGGUAUCGUACCAGUUGUUUUUAUGUUGCCACUUUUGUUGCGUAAAUCGUGGGAAAGAAUAAUGAGGGUCAUUACGUGCCGGCGGUGGCAUGUGCACGAACAAGAGGAGAUCAUCGCGGCAUCAUGCUCGUUUUUAUGAUCUAGGGCAAUCUAGUUUAGGAAUCGUUUGCUAGCCCGAGGCCCCAAACCUCAAACCUCGUAGCACGUCACUCACUCUGUCGGCUAGCCAGCGGAUGAGGGCUGGUGCGAAGAAAAAGCCUGGCUUGCUGAUUAUUGCUUCUUGUGGCGAUUGAUUCUCGAUGAUGUACUCUUACCACUGUACAGCGCUAGGCAUUCGUUCUCUCCGCCAGUCUAUAUGUAGUACUGGUGUAGAGGCGCCUCUUGCUGUGCCUCUUGCUGUGCCUUGCCUGGAGAUGAGGUUCGUUUCGUUUUCCUCUCUCUUGAGAUAAAGUAAUACUAUACCACUGGUGUAGAGCAAAACCGACAUGCCGAACGCAAUAACGAGCAUAUCUAGGUUUUAGUGUGUUGUAGUGUACGAUUCGAAACUGAGCACCUGCUCUCGUGGUCAAGCUCUUAUUUCUUAUGAACUGCGGAUCUAUUUGGGGAUUCUUUAUUACACGGCUUUUUUAUUCAUCUUUAGUGCAGUAAUUUGUUGAUUGGCCCCAAGCCGAGUGCUGCUGGAUAAGCACGGCUGUCCCGGUUGACAAUGUGAAGAGACGGUGAAGUCGUCUUAUUGGGCGUCCUCGUAGACACAAGCAACGGAAGAGAGUGGGCACCAGGGUGCAUCACAAACACCGAGGCACGCGAGCAACAGUCGCAAGACACAUCCGGAACUCGGAACGCGUGAUAGCACGGAACGCGUGACAACUUGCUAAAGAUACCGCUACCGGAGAUACCCCGAAGAUCCAUAUGACCGAUGGACGGCCAUGUACUUGCGCACUUAAAUAGCUCAACACCACACGUGAGUACUACCGCAGUAGCCUUCGUAAGGAUGACAUGAUCCACCUCACGAACAUAAAUUCCAAAGAUCUGGGGUGGGGGGUGCUCGGUUGGUAUUCGUGCAUCCGCGCGCAGUCAACCAGACCCGGUGGGGCUGCAUACUCCCAACCGCGGAGCUCCCACCCUCCCAACCGCGGAGCUCCCACCCUUCGAGCUCUCCGAGCUCCGAGCUGUACGACGUGCCCAUGCUGCACAAGACACAUGUGAUACGUGAGUAGGAGGCCACCAUCUGCAUCACACAACCACGCCGUUAUGUUCGAUCGAAAGGCAGGACUUCGUCUUGGGGAAAGGGCUGGGUCGUUGGGAAUUCAAUCACAAGCGCGGCAGUUGCAAACGCGAGGUUGUACCCCGACAACAUCAACCACAAGGGCGAUCGCUACAAGUAUGAUUGCCGUAUCGCCAGCGUGCCACUCAAGACAUGCAUUCGCGUUAGCAUCCCGUGUCAGUGGGGGCAACGAUUGUACACGGAAGUCAGGGCUGGGGAAGGGGAGCCGUGCACGGUUCGGUACUCGUAGAGCUGCUUCGGGACGCACGCGACUUCAAUUUCAAGUUGGUGAUUCGUCCC